AUGGCUUCGACAAGCAACACACAUGUUGCAGCAGAAGAAGCAGCUGAGACAACUGAACCUCACUCAACAAACGCCGAAAAGACAAUCUCUCUCUCAGAUUUACAAAACUCAACGAUUUCCCCCACGCUUUGGUACAAGAUCCACGUAUUCUUCGAUCUCCGGCACUACUCCGAACGGGCUGAUUCGGAAGCGCGGCUGGAACAAGUAUCCGACCCGUCUUAUAUCGGAUUACCUUAUUUCGAGCCCGAAGAGGCGGAGGCAAUAAAGAAUACCGCCAUAGACGAAAACAAGACGCUCUCUCGUCUUAUCGAAGAGACCCUCGAAGAGCGGCUAAAUCGACGCAUGAAGAAACGCGUUAGCAGCGGCGACUUUCGUGUCUGCGCGGCACACGAUAUUGCGCCGGUCCUGGAAAAGGCGUUGGGCAUUGAUCCGAAACGAUUAUCGAAGGAUGAAUGUUUUCUUGACUUGCUUAACACAGCUAGUUUGAAACUGGGAGACAGGAAAUGGGACGGUUUGCAGAAGAAGUCUUUCGCCCCUAAGGAUAAGAAGAAGGGCAAGGGGAAACACCGAUAA